AUGGUCUUGACUGGGAAAGCCCUUGAUUGGGCCAUUACCCUCUGCUCUGGCGCUGGCUUCCUCCUCUUCGGUUAUGACCAAGGCGUCAUGUCCGGCCUGUUGACAGGCACCGCAUUUACCAAGGUUUUCCCCGAAAUCGAUACACAAAGGGGAGGUAGCUCGUCUCUUCAGGGCACUGUCGUCGCCAUCUACGAAAUCGGAUGUUUCUUUGGAGCAAUCUUUACCUUCAUCUUCGGCGAGCGUUUGGGACGUCGCAAGUGUAUCAUGCUUGGCUGCACCGUCCUCACCAUCGGUGCCGUCAUCCAGUGCUCCUCAUAUGGCAUCGCUCAGCUUAUCGUCGGCCGUAUCGUUGCUGGUCUUGGAAAUGGUUUGAACACUUCAACCAUUCCUGUCUGGCAUUCUGAGCUCAUGCAGGCCCACGACCGUGGCAAGGGUCUCGCCAUCGAGUUCAUCCUGAACAUUUUCGGUGUCGCCCUGGCCUACUGGGUCGACUAUGCCUUCAGCUUUGUGGACAACGAGUCUCAGUUUCGCUUCCCCAUCGCUUUCCAGAUUCUAUUCGCCCUCGUUUGCCUUGGCAUGAUCGUCUUCCUCCCGGAGUCCCCCCGUUGGCUGCUCAACCAUGGCCAGGACGAACAGGCCCGCAACGUGCUCUGGCGCCUCCAGCCCAACGCCAAGGAGAUUGGCGAGGACGCGGAACCCGUCAACAACGAAAUCGCUAUCAUCCGACACACUCUGUAUGAGGAGAAGGAGAUCGCCGGCGGCACCACUUUCACCGCACUUCUCAAAGACGGCCCUCAGCGCUUCCGCUACAGAACCCUUCUUGGUAUCGGUGGCCAAUUCAUGCAGCAACUCAGCGGAAUCAAUUUAAUCACUUAUUAUGCCGCCGUCAUAUUCGAAACGAGCAUUGGCAUGUCGCACAAUACGGCGUUGCUCGUUGCUGGGGCGAACGGCAUCGCGUACUUUCUCUCUACAUUCCCUGUUGUCUGGGUUCUCGAUCGCCUCGGCCGCCGUAAGCUCAUGCUCUUCGCCGUCAUCGGCCAAUCCUGCUGCAUGGCCAUUCUCGCUGGCACCGUCUCUGAUGGCAGCAAAUCGGCCGGUAUCGUCGCUGCCAUCAUGCUUUUCCUCUUCAACUUCUUCUUCGCCAUCGGCCUGCUCGCCAUCCCCUGGCUGCUUCCCGCCGAAUACGCGCCGCUUGCCAUUCGUACCAAGGCGGCAUCGCUGGCCACCGCUUCCAACUGGAUCUUCACCUUCCUCGUCGUCGAGAUCGUGCCCGUCUCCAUCAACAGCAUCGGCUGGAAAACGUACAUCUACUUCGCCAUCUUCAACGCCUUCUUCGUGCCCCUCAUCUACUUCUUCUACCCGGAGACCAAGAACCUCUCGCUCGAGGAAAUCGAUCGACUCUUCACCGGCGACAAGGUCAUCAUGCACCUGCCCGACAGCAUGCGCCUCUCCGCCGACACCGCUGCCAUCAGCGGGAACAUGGGCGCCGAUAAAGAUGGAGUCGCCGUGCUAGAGGAUGUCAAACUCAAGGAGCAGGCUUAG